UUCUUUAUUCAUAUUAUCUAUCCUUCUUAUUUUAUUUAGAUCAUUUAUUUAUUAUAAUGUUGUUGAUUUUUUUUAUUAGAUUUUAAUAUAAUUAAAAUUUUCCAUCUAGGGUGGUAUUAUAUUUUUGGAAUUUGCGAUGGCAAUAUUACAUUUAAUUAUAGUUUAAAAUAGCAUCUAGAUUCAUCAAAAAUUGAUAAAAAUUCUCUCAUUUAAUUAAAAAUUAUUUCUUCAAUUUCCAUUUUUUUUUAUCUCUCCUCCUUUGUAUGUAUAUCUUAUUAUCUUUUAUUUUUUUGAAAAAGAAAUUUAUCAUUCAUGAGCAGCAGGCCUCGUGUAAUGAUUUGUAAUCCCAUUAUUGGGACCUCCACUUCGAAUGCCAACCCAGUCAUCUAUUACCCGGUAAAAAAGAUAAAUAGCCGAUGAGCCUCUGACGUGUCUGACCUGAUUAGUUUGAGAGGAGCAACAGAAGAAACCAAAAGUAAGAACCGUUUUUCCUAACCGUUUUUCCCGCGCUUUUAUGAAAGACAGGUAACGAAAAACACCCAAAGUUAGAUGGCUCUGCCUUUCUGGAUAUUUGGCCUGGAAAAUAGGCUAUCUACUGGUUUUGAUUGACAGAGGACGGGAAAGGAAAACGCGUCCUUGAAACAAAGAUGAUGUGUUAGACUACAAAAUUUGGAGAUUUUCCAGUUCAUAGUAUCCCUCUUCUCUUCUUGAUUGGAGACAAAGCCAACAACCAAGAACUUACAUCCAUUAGGGUUGAGGAAUGUCAUCUAGUUCAUGGAACCAAACUGUGUGUUCCUGUUCAGAGAUUGUUUGAUGUGCAAUCACUGACAUUGCAAGAUCAUGGCAUUGUCUUGACUUCUUCGUUUUGUUUCUCCAAGGAUAAGCGGAAAGAUUUAAGAAUUUUCUUCUGUCAGCUUUGCUGAUACACACACACACUUGCUUUACUCCAUUUUUCAAGUGCAGAAGCACCAAUUCAACAAACGCAUCAACUUUGCAGGCGCGGCCAAAUUAAUUGCUUGGUUCGGCCAAAAUGACAACCAAAGUGAAAGGUCUUUUGAGAGGUCUAAGAUACAUUUCACAAAUAUUUGAUGAAAAGGAACAAGAAAUGCAAAUUGGAUUUCCUACAGAUGUAAAGCAUGUUGCUCACAUUGGAUGCGAUGGUCCAUCUGCAACAAACGCACCAAGCUGGAUGAAUGAGUUUAACUCUCCUCCAGAACUUUUAUGUGUGACUUCAAAUUCUAAAGAGGAAGAGAAGAGCCUUUCAACAGAUCCACCCGCAGAAGACACAAUUCAGACUGAAAAGCCGAGGCAUAGGUCAAGGCGCUCAUCAGGCAGUGCGAGCUCACUUUUAAAUUCCCCAGACCGAAGGAGCACCGACUCAUCUAGGAAUUCCAGGCACCAAGCAUCUAGCGGUACGGGUUCACCUUUAAAUUCCCCCCGCGGCACUGAUGCGCCGAAGAGUUAUAGGCGUCACCGCUCUUCGAACAAGUCAAUGGACUCUCCAAAAGGAGAAUCAUCAGGGACCAACCGAAUCUCAAGACGGCAAAAGAACUCAAGUCUUGGAGCUGAAUCGCCUACUCAUGACCAGCCCUCCAUCCCAAAACAUUCUCGUGGAAGAAAGUCCAAAGGAUCACCAGGCAGUGGGUCAUCAAAAUCAAAAGAAAAGAAGUCUUCAAAAGAAGCGGUUCCUUUCUCAGAUCCUGGAUCUGGGGGUUGUGAAUCUAUAAAUGGAAGGAAGAACAUUGCAAGCCAACUAAGCUCUGUUUUGGAAGCCUAUGAAGAAGAGGGAUGAAAGCAAUGCAGUGAUUUGUGUGUUAGAGAUUUAAUGUAAUGUGUAUGAAAGUGUUAACUAUAAUUCAAUUUGUCUUUAAUUUGCUUUUUAGUUCUCUUCAUGUCGUACAUGUUUAUCUUGCAUAGCCAAAAGUCAAAAGCUUGUGCUUCAGCUUUUUGGUAGCCUUUUUUACCCCAUAUUUUAUUGGCGGAUAUGAUGACCAGUCCAGAGCGGAUUGACAACA